UUUGCGAGGUUCGGGCAAGCGAUGCAAACGCGCACCUGCUUUAGAGGCAUUACGGUAGCGCAGCAAACUGUCCCCCUCGCAACACACACUCCACUCGUUCACUCACACAGCCCUAGUGAUUCAACAGUGAUUUCCAGCGAACGAGCAAGCAACAGACGGGAUGCCAAAAAGUGAGGACCGGUGGAGAGGUUGUUCGCGCUGAGUAAGCCUCUUGAAGAGAUAGCGAGGAGAAGCAGACGCAACAAAACAAGACGAGAAGCUGCGCGCUUUCUCCGCGGCAACUUGCGCACAGUGCCAGAGUUUUAGCGGCAGUAUUGUUCUGACUUCACUCCAGAGGGGCCACUCCGAGGAGAGAGGACGCACACAAAAGGGAAAAGGAAAGGACUAACGAGCACGCUUUGUCGUUUAAAGCAAUGGUCCUGCGGUCUUAGAUCCUAGAUUUCUCUGUCUCUCUCUCUCUCCCCUCUCUGUUUCUUUCCAUUUUUCUUUUUUUUUCGUCCCGUCGGUUUGUGUCCCCCUUUGUCGCCGUGAGAGAGUGGACGCGCCGGGGCUUUGAGGAGCAGAAGCGGGGCUGUCCACAUGGUCCAACCACUGGCGUGAAAGUUGACUUCUUCAGAAAACAAGAGAACAGGUGCCAGUGAUGAUGGUGGAAUCAGCCUCUGAGACCAUUCGAACGACACCGUCCAACCAGAACGGAGUCAGCAGCCAAUCAGAUGGAGGGGGAGGUAGAGAGGGCGGGUCUAACGGAGACACCAACGGAGAGAUCAGCCCAGUCGACUUACUGCACCUGCAACAGCAACAGGCGCUCCAGGCAGCCAGACAGUUCCUCCUCCAACAGGCCUCUGGACUCAACUCCUCUGGCAGCAACGAGGUCAAACAGAGCCCUGUGCAGGUGCCUGUGUCCAUGGCUAUGAUGAGUCCACAGAUGAUCACUCCUCAGCAGAUGCAACAGAUCCUGUCUCCCCCUCAGCUCCAGGCCCUGCUGCAGCAACAGCAGGCUUUAAUGCUACAGCAGUUACAGGAGUACUACAAAAAGCAGCAGGAGCAGUUGCAUCUCCAGCUUCUGACUCAGCAGCAACAGCAGCAGCAGCAACAGCAGCAGCAGCAGCAGCAGCAGCAGCAGCAGCAGCAGCAGCAGGCCGGGAAGCAAGCGGCAAAAGAGCAGUUAGGAAGUAAGCAGUUGGCCUUCCAGCAGCAGCUGAUCCAGAUGCAGCAGCUUCAGCAGCAGCACAUCCUCAACCUCCAGAGACAAGGUCUGGUCCCACUGCAGCCCACCGCCGCCAUGCAGUCUCUGCAGCAAGCAAUGUGUCCGUCAGACCUCCAACAGCUGUGGAAGGAGGUGUCAGGGGUGCAGAGCAGUGAGGAGGCCCUAAAACAGGCCGAGGGCCUGGACUUGAGCACCAAUAGCUCCAAUUCUACCUCAGCCUUCCCCAAAGCUGCCAGUGCUCACAUCCCAUUGCACAGCCUGGUCAACGGACAUAGCCACACCCCAAAGAGAGACAGAGCCAGACUGUUUGAGUGGAUAUCCUCCUUCACCAAGUCAGACAGCGGAGAUGACCAUGUCCCCCUUUAUUCCAAAGGUGGCCAACCCCCCAGCAGCCAUCAUGAGGAGCAUGCCGGCUCCCAUCCUCUCUACGGCCAUGGAGAGUGUAAGUGGCCAGGCUGUGAAGCACUGUGUGAGGACAUGGGACAGUUCAUCAAGCACUUGAACAAUGAGCACGCCCUAGAUGAUCGCAGCACUGCUCAGUGUCGAGUCCAGAUGCAAGUGGUUCAGCAACUGGAGAUACAGCUGGCGAAAGAGAGCGAGCGACUCCAGGCCAUGAUGACCCACCUACACAUGCGCCCUUCAGAGCCAAAGCCUUUUAACCAACCUCUGAACCUGGCUUCCAGUGGCUCUCUGUUAAAGCGGGACAGUGAUCUCUACCCAGAGGGUCUUCCCCACCCCCCCACCUCAGCUGCCACCCCUAUCACCCCACUGCGCCAGGGACCCUCAGUCAUCAGCUCCUCCAGCCUGCACACACACUCUCACUCCCACACGCACGGUGUUGGGCCCAUACGUAGGCGCAACUCCGACAAGUACUGCACCCCCAUCGCCUCAGAGCUGGCUCAGAACUGUGAGUUCUACAAGAACGCUGAUGUCAGGCCUCCCUUUACCUACGCCUCUCUUAUACGUCAUGCCAUUCUGGAGUCCCCAGACAGACAGUUGACUCUCAAUGAGAUCUACAACUGGUUUACACGAAAGUUUGCCUAUUUCAGGAGAAACACAGCCACAUGGAAGAAUGCUGUGCGCCACAACCUGAGUCUGCACAAGUGUUUUGUUCGCGUUGAGAACGUGAAGGGAGCCGUGUGGACUGUGGAUGAAGUUGAAUACCAAAAGAGGAGACCACCAAAGAUGACCGGAAGUCCCACUCUGGUGAAAAACAUGAUUUCAGGCCUGGGCUUUGGAUCUCUAAACGCCAGCUACCAGGCGGCUCUGGCAGAGAGCAGUCUGUCCCUGCUGAACAGCCCUUCCCUGGUGACUCCGUCUGCAGCCAGCCUCAACAUGCUCCAUGUGGGCCACGAUGAUGUCAGCUCCACUGUGGAGCAGGUCAAUAGCAAUGGCAGCUGCAGCCCCACGCUCAGCCCUCACCAGUACAGCCACCAGGUGCAUGUGAAGGAGGAGCCCACUGAGGUGGAGGAGGACAGUCGGUCAGUGUCCCUCCUGGCCGGUAUCACACACAACCUGCCAUUGCCGAGUGACGAGCGCGACCUGGAGGAGGAUCUUCCUACCGAGGAGCUGGAGUAGGACAGAUCCCAGAUGGACCAGAGGGACGAGACAUAGCGAGAUCAAUCCCUGAGCCCUCUCGUCAGCAUGAAGAGGAAAAGAUAGCUUAAGAGAAAAGAGAGAAAAAAGAGAAUGUUUUUUUUAGUUUUUAAGAAAAUGCAAGCAACCAAGGACAACAUUGAGAAACUCCAAACAGGGUUAGAUGACCUUCAUUACUUACAGACGCAAAGACAAGACUGUGGAGCACUGCUUUACCUCCAUGUGUUUCUUUUCCAACACUUCAGAGAUGUACCACUCGAUGCAUACAUACACACACACACACACACACACACACACACACACACACACACACACACACACACACACACACACACAAGUGCGCGCGAACACACACACACACACACACACACACACACACACACACACACACAUACACACACACACACACACACACACAGUUGUUCCUUGUCAAACCAUGUAUCAUCAUCCUCCCUGGUCAUAUCAGCCUCUGUGUAGAGACCCUUAGAGGUUUGGACACACACUCUCCUCCUUGCCCAACCACUCUGCAUACGCCCUCCUCGCUGUUGUCUCGGGCUGCCUGGCUAGCAGUUUUAUCUCAAAAUCAGUUGAGAAGACGCACAGAUGUGUAUGUGUUCAAAAGAGAAAGACACACACACAGGAUCAUGUGUAUAUAGAUUUGGAGCAGUCACCAGGGGCUGUGCAGUCGGCCUAUACCUCUCCUUCUUCCCCAUCUUUAAGUCAAUCACUUGCUUUUUCAUUUUCUUUGAUUUGAUUGAAAUGAAACUGUCAGGCUUCAAGAUGGGAUGGAAGGAAGGAAGAGCGCUUUCAAAGAUUACCUCCAACAGUGCUCCAACACUUCUGCAGAGCAGGCUCCUGUCUCCACGUCAGUGUGUGAGCCCACGGCGAGGUUGUGGCCCUGGUCCCUGACCAAACUUCUGCCCCCAGCAAAGACACUUAGUGACUGGCGUCUUUUAAACUCUUUGCUUCUAAGUGAGAAAAAGACUUUUCCUACCCCACCCUCAUCCCUUCCCAUCCCCAAAAGACUGCAGGAAUUGGACCAUUUGGUGCUGUCCUUCUCCUCUCCUCCAUCUGCGGAUGGAGCGAUGAGCUUGGAACACUUUGAGAAAGAGAAGAAAAGAGGAGAAGCAGAGAGAAAUGAGGGAGGAAACGUCUACAGAAAUAUUGUGACUAAAAAAGAAAACUGUUCAUGAUUAUGGAAUAUAACAAGAAAAAAAAACGUGUGGUAGCUUUUGUCAUUUCCUUUUUUUUUUGAUGUUAUUAUCAUUGUUUAUUUUUGAGGAUCAAUAUUUCCACGGUGGCGUUCUCUUUCGACGUACCUUUUCUAAGAAUGCUGUUUUUGUUUUUGUAUUGUAAAUUGUUUGAUUUACUCUGGCUGUUCACACCAUUCCAAAUGAGUAUUGGCAACAACAAAAAAACGCAGUAUUGUCCCAAGUUGUGAUACCUGACCCCUACUCCCACCCCUUUCUGUCCCAAGUGUAGCAGGCAAGAAAUUUGGAAAUGCACUUAAAGUUGCCAUUAUCCAAACAGAUUAUUUAACAGCUGAAUCAUUUUUUUAUUCUCUCUCAUUCGCUUGUUUUUGGUUGUGUAUUUAGUUGAGAAAUAUCAGUAAUGCUUUAAAAAUAUAUAUAUAUAUAUAUUAUUACUGCAGUCAGAGAAUACCUCAUCCCACAAAGGUUCUGCCUGGAACUGUGUCCAAAUUGAUAAACAAAUAAGGGGGAAUUCUUUCUGUGGGACACCAAAUGUGGCAACUCUGCUCAGCUUCGAUUCAAAGCUCUAUGGUUGUAAUAGUUACUGUUUAGAAGCUAUCUGCAAUUCACUGUGUGAGUUUGUGUUAAAGGAAUAGCACGUGCGAUUUAUGUUUUUGUUUGUUUUCCGUGAGCAUAAAAGCAUUACUUUUCUCUACAGUGCCAUACCAAAUUUAACAUUUAUUUUAAUCUAUUAUCUGCUUAUUCCCAUUUUAUUUUUGUUACAGGUAACCAAAGAAAGAUGUAGAAAACCAAAAACCCUGUAUUUUAUUUUGCCCUUUUUGAGUUUCUUUUUUUUUCCUUCUUAAAGGAUUGGCCAAAAGACAACAAACCAGGAGUUUGAAUUCUUAUUAUUGUAUUCAUUUAACUAUUAUGUUGAAAUUAUACAUGGGUUACAGUGCUGACCAUUCCGAAAACCAAAGUGUAAAGCAAACUAGAAUUUGGAGACAUCAAAGCUUUUACAUGAUAAGCGGUUACGAAUGACUCACAUUAGGUAUGAGGCCAAAAAGAAGUAUUAACAAACCUCGCACAGUUCCUCUGAAAAACAAAAAGAAAGAGAAAAGAAAAAAGCACUUAGACGUGAAACCCUGUCUCUCCCACGCUCAGGCUAAACUGUGUUCCAAACACAAUCCUAGGACUGGCCCUACUUCUGUAUGAGCAGGCCUAAAAAUGAAGCACUCGAGAGGCAUUUGAACACUUUUCGCUUUAAAGGAUACUUUUCUGGGGCUGUUGUAGCGAACAUUUGGAGUUUUUUUCAAUCUAGGGAACAAACAUACCCUCUUGAUCUGUAUGUAGUAUUUCCAGGAAGAGGAAGUGUACUGUAAUGUGGUUACAAAAGUCACAUCUUUGGACAGGGAGGAGUUAUUCCAAAAACAUCUAUAUAUUACAAUAAAGAGGGAACAACUAAAAAUAAUGAAAAAAACAUGUAAGAGGAAAACAACCAAGGGACAUCAUGUAAUUGAAAGUUGGGUUCAUAUUUUCAUACUUUUUGUCAAACUAUCUCUUGCACUUCAGACGAUUUUUCUUAUUUAAUGAAAGAACCUUUCUGAUGACUUUGUGUUCAAACAGGACUGUUUCCUGUCACAUUAGAGACUGAUUUCUAACAAAGUACAAAGUGGCAGACAGACAUCUUGAAACAAGAUAAAAACCAAAAAUAACACUACCUCCUUUUCAAAACGGUUCAACACAUAGCCAAUGGGAGACUGACCUCUCUAAAAUAUUUUUUUUCUCCAUACUUACUCGAUGAUAAUAUCGAAUGCCAAAAUUGUUGUUACACUUAAUGUAUGACUGAUACAAAAAAAGCUAUUUGGCGAUCUGGACUCCCUAACACAUCUGCUUGAGCCCAAAAACAUAGAGACGUUUCACUUUCCAUGGAAUUAAAAAUGACUACCUCUCCUUAAACCACAUCUAAAGCACUCUCUACGUCUCAAAGUCUGUUGUGAAGUGCUUACUAUAUAUGAAAAGUUUUCUAUCAGCUGUGUAAAAACUUACCAUAUUCCUGCACCCGAUUAGCACUGAGCUAUGUGAACAGCCUCUCAACUGUGUGCUCUGACGUGUGCAUAUUCAUGAUAUCAGCCAACGAGCUACUGGUCGUUGGUGUUGCAGGGAGCUAGUUGUCGGGGGUAAUGAUGGACAGAAUAUAUCAGUGCCAUCACACACACACACACACACACACACACACACACACACACACACACACACAAGGGUAUAACAAGAGCAUAGAAGCAGGGCUAUGGGUUAGUGCAACAGAGGCUCUGACCAUCCAGAAAUCCAAAGACCCACAACACAGCAGCACCUGCUUCGCCAAACACUCGCAGAGACGCUGAGAGGACUAACACACACUUAAUGAAACUCAUCACUAUUACUAGUAAUAUCCAAACCAAGAGGAACUGCUGCAUACAGUACAUAGAUGUAAUGUACACCUGUAAACAAAGUUGUUUUAUAAAGAUGUAGAUUGUUCACAGGUCGCCAUGUAACACUUCUGUUCUUUCUCCAGCUUGGCAUAACAUGAUGUAUUCUUGUAUAUUAUUGCUUGACUUAUCUCUCCAGGGCAUUCUUUCCCAUUUUGUCCUUUGAUUUUCUCGUCUUUGUUUUCUGCACCUGUUUAGCUAUUGUAAAGCUUUCAGCUCUGAUUCCUAUACUGUACUGCUAAUGCUGAAGUAUAUGUAUUUAUCAUAUUAUGUGCUGCAGGUAUCUUGGUUUAUUAGUUUUGUUUUUGUUUUGUUUGUUUUCAUUUUUUCAGUUCUUCAUAAAACGUCUGGGACGCUGAUUUUUUAAGUGUAUUAUCUCAACAAAAAAAAUGAAAAGAAUAAAGGUUAGAUCAGUGGUUUAGGUAACACCUGUUUGUAUAUUUAUCUUAGCUAGGUCUAUUUUGAUACUUUUUUGUCUCUGUACUGCAUUUAUGCAUUUUUAAGGAAAGAAAAAAAACAAAUGGAAAACAAACAAAAAAGUUACUUCAUUAUGUAUUGAUACCUCAGAAGGACUUUUUUUCAAAGACAGGACCAAAACCUCUGAAAAGAAAAAGAGAAAGAUGAAAACAUUUAACAAUAUGUAGCCCCUCUCUUGCUUUAAAAAAAAUUGCGGAGCUCUAGAAAGAUAUUGUUGUUGGUCCUCUCAGGUGCCAAUAUGUGUCCCAGCUCCCUGUGACCCCUCCCUGUGACCCCUGACCCCUGUCAUUCCUGUGCUGAACUCCGACCCGCAGAGCUGUCAAUCAUCUGCAGGCGCCAUGGGUGUGUCACUGAGUCACACACCUGUCUGGUGGUGACCAGUCACAAACCUCAUCUCCCAGUCCCAGAGAGGCAGAUCACAGUCUGGCCCUGUUGCAUUUUUGAUACUCCUUCUCUUGUGUAGUCUCAAUACCAAAAUGUGGAAUGGCUCUCAGUGAUGCAGCUCAUCCUCUGACUACCAAAGGCAUUGAAAGCAACCCAUUUGCUUAGUCCAAACUUCUGAACUGUAACCAAACUGUAACCAAACUGUAACCAAACCAAUGCCACAACUUUAACCAAACAAAAACCAAGCUACUUCCAAAAGUCUCCAUUGACUUCACUGAUUACCUUUACUGAUAGCUGUUAUCUCUCGUACAUCCAUGUAAUAGUGUUUUACUAUUGGCUGGUGACUGACUCAAAGGACACAGGGAGCCCAAAUCCUGACUUGUGAUUGGACAGUUCUGAGGUGUCAUGUGAGGGGGAAGGGACUCUCAAAGUGGAGCAUUGCCUGAUGGUAUUAUCAAGUAGACAGCCAGAAUCCGAUGGAACUACCACUUCAGCUCUCCUCUGGUUAAACCUAAGGAAUGUGUGUACAUUUUCAGCAGUGACUCUCUGUAUUGUUUCUUUUAGUUUCAGUUUAUCUGUUUACCUCUCUUUAUCCUUUCUGUUUCUUGUUAUUUGAAAGUGUGACCCGAGGAAGAGGCGGGGACAGGGACUGGGUGGUGGCUUUAGACAGACAGUGGACCCAGUCCUCUGACCCUCCACCCCGGGUAGCCAUGUAAUGCCAGUCACUGCCCUUUCCUUCAUGCUGUAUAAAAACACACACAUAUAUCUGUGUAUUUGUAACCUGAAUCUUCUUGUGUCUGUCCAUGCAGACAAUAAAAAAACUGUACAGUAGGUCUAGUUGCAUGUAAUCUGUACUAAUUAUUGACAAUGGCAUUAUAAAAUGCAAUAAAAUACUUAUUACACUGUC